UUCUCUCCUCACGAGUUGUGGUCUCCUUGUGAGUCAUGGCUAUUGGAGAAAGUAUAGGCACCAGAGGCACUAACUGUGGUGGGUGGAGUAGUAGUCACCCUCUAGUCCUCCCAGACAGGGUGAGUGGCUGUGGAGAGGGUUGCCUCAUGGUGGAACCCAUGCCUGCAUUCUCCACUGCUGUGUGAGGCUGCUCCCUCACGGGCGCCCUUGUUGAUCAUCUUCUGUCCUGCCAGCUUCCCAAGACAGGCAUCCACAGGCCUCAGGCAAGGAAGGGACCACCUUGUUCCUUCUCCUGCCCAUCAAGUGACAGCAUGCCCCAGCUGCCUCUCCCUGGGCUUCCUCCUCAUCCCUCACAGGAACCUACUCUUAAACAAUUCCUCUUUCCCACCUCCUUGGGUUUUGUCCCAGUUCCCACCCAGCCUUCCUGAGUGGCCCUUUCCCCAGCCUAUCUGAUGGGCGGGCUGGGAAGACUCUGCAAUCUCCCAUCUAUACCCGCUCUAUCUCAGCCCAAGGCAGGGCGUUGUCUCUGCUCUCUGCCUGGCUCGCCCCUGCUGCUUCCGAAACUUCUCCAGUGGCUUCCUCAGCAGCUUGGUUUCUACAUUCAUCCCGCCCGGAUUGCCAAGACCUCCUUUGAGCCUGGUUGAAGUUGAACUGCCUGUGCCACUGCAGAAAGCUCAGCACUCCAAGAUAAUUGUGAAAGUCAUGAAGCUCGGGCCAUCUGUUACCUGAAUUGGUCUCCUUGCGAAUAAGAGAAUUGUGGGGGGAAUUAGCAGCAAGGAAGACGGCCAUGUGAGAGGCGGUAACUACGGGAUCUUUUCCACCAUUUUUUAUGGAGUCAUCAAGCUCCGGGCUAAGAGGCGAUGUGAGAACACACCCAAGUCCUAGAAUGGCUCAAGAGCAACACAGACCCUCUCCGGAUACUCAUCCGACCAGAGCCAGCUCAGCAGUUCAACCUGAUCAGGUCCGGCUCCUCUUGGACUCAUGCAAAGAAGCAAAGAAGUUUGCAUAUUGCCCUUACAGCAACUUCCCCGUGGGGGCCGCUCUCCUGACUUGGGAUGGCAAGAUCUUCUUGGGUUGCAACAUUGAAAAUGCAAGCUAUCCCAUGGGUAUAUGUGCUGAGCGUACAGCCAUCCAGAAGGCAGUGUCAGAAGGAUAUAGAAAAUUUCGAGCUAUUGCCAUUUCUAGCAAUAAGCAAGAAACAUGCAUCGUGCCCUGCGGGGCCUGCAGGCAAGUGCUCCGAGAGUUUGGCAAACACUGGGACCUCUAUUUGACCAAAUCCGAUGGGACGUACAUAGUGAAGACUUUAGAAGAACUUCUGCCUUACUCGUUUGGACCAGAAGAUCUGCAAAUGUCCUGAGGAGGGUGAGGGAGAAGAAGCAUAUUAGAGAGCCUCCGAGAUUUAUCUCCAGCCCAGUAUUUCAAAUUCAUUCUGUAGCCACUGGGCCAAAUUGAAUAAGGGAUCCUUCCCUUGAUUGCUUUCCUACGUGUAAUGGAGGGCAAGGAGGACCAAGUGUACUGAUCUCCCCGCCCAACUCCUCACAGCCAUACGAGCCAUUCAAAUAUGGUAUUACACAUAUACAAUUCAACCUGUGCCUCUCUUGACUGUAUAAUCACUAUCCAGAAUGGCCUAUGAGCUUCCAAUCAUAUUUUAUCUACUUUGGGCAAGAAACACAGUUCUUCCUUCCUCUAUUGAUCCUGACAACAACCCUGCGAGGUAAGUUAGGCAGAAAGUGUGGCUCUGGCCCAAAGUCCUGGAGUGAGCUUCACAGUCAAGUGGAGUUUGAAACCCACCCCCCAUCCUAGUUUAACACUCUACCCACUGCAUAACACUGCCUCUACACCACGUGUGACCUAUUUAAACAUUGCAUUCCCAUGUGGACAUCCAGCAGCAGUGGAGGCAAAGCAGGCAGUGCAGAUGGGUAGGCAGGGUGAUUGCUUUAGCUAGCUCCUGCCUUCUCUCACUCAGGCUUUAUUUGUUUCUGUUUCUUGCAUAUGGGAAGGAAGGUGUGCUGCAUUAUCAGUCCCAAGCGCAACAUUCUCAUUAUGAUCACUAACUCAAUGAAAUGUCAUCCAGGACCACAUAACAAGCUAAUUUCCCGAUAAUUAAAGAUUGCUAGUUACAUGUUUGUUAUUAACGAUGCCUUAGUUCCAUCGUUCAGUUUCAACCAAAAGAGAAUACAAAUGAUUGAUUCUUGCUCCUGUUAGGCUAGGGAUGAGUUUAACAUUUGUACCAGAGAAAUUCAUCCCGUGGCAAAUGCCUCCAUCAGAUCAGGGACUUCAGCAAAUCAUGCAAAGACAGUUUGUGGAACUUUUUCUCCCCUAAAUCCUUUCCCUGCUGAAUGAAAUCGGCUGGGAAGGCCCGGAUCUGAACUCCUGAAUUGACUGUGAUCAGAACUACGAGGCUAUGGAACUACUAACUCCAUGAUGCUUACUAACUCACGAUCCUGCAAAACAUCAGUAAAUUAUCAUAACAGACAGUAAUGAAAGGCAAAGUAAGGCACAAGUGUGCAUGACCUCCACACUUAUUUUCAGGAAGGGAGAGAAAAAAUUCAAAAUAAAUUGUAAUGUGUUAUGUGUUUUGGAGUCUGAGAUGAAACUGGCACGCAUAUUCCAUAUCAUUCCAUUUUCAAACUUGAGCUUAACCUCCACAUUCCCCAUACACAACAUUAAAGGAGGAGCAGAAUAAAAAAAGACCUAUCAUGCACUGGGCUUUACUAUUUUAGAUUGAUGGUACACUUCAGUGCCCCCACUGUCCAAGGUGAGGUGAAUGACAACCACUGAAAGUGGCCUUUGAAGUGGUGGCUCCCGUCCUCGGAUUCACACAGCCCCUCAUUGUUUUAAUUUUGGCACCAGCUUAAGACUUUGUUUUUUAAUCUUAGGAUGGAUUGAUGUUUCUUUUACUGGAUUUUCUAUGAUCUUUAUCUGAUCCUGUUAAUUCAAAAGUGAGUUCCUAUUUCUUCUCCCUAUUGACUUAAGAAAUCCUGUUUCUAUUUUGCUUCUCCCUUGUGCAAAACAAACCCACGAUUCUUUCACGUCAUUUUCUGUUGUUUCUGCAUUGAUUUUUUUUCUGUUAAGGCUGACACACAUACAUAUAUCUAUCUGUAUAAAUGACUUACAUUGUGAAGUAUACAUAUCUGAUCCUGUUUUAUACUCAAGUUUGGACUCUCGAGUAUGCAGUGGGAGAGAAUUCCAGCGCUGGGCGGCAACCAUGGACUGUGCAUCAUCAUGGACUGUCUGUCUAAACUUGAUGAACAAGUGUUAUCAUUAAGAGGACAUCUGUGGUAUAUUUUGCAAUUGUGCACUCAUGAAGAUUUUAUAGCUUCUAACUGGGCUGUGUCCAGCAGAGAACACCAGCUGUCAAUUUUUAAAAACGGGCUUAUUGAAUUUAACUUGGUUUCGAUUAUUGCUUGGAAGGAUUCACUAUUGAGUGAUGUUUUCAUUUUUAAAUUGUUUAUAACGUCUUGCUGUCUCUAAGCUGCCAACUGCCAGCUGAAUAUACAUUUUAAAAAUAACAGUAAGGACAAUCUCUCAUUAUAUAUAUUUUUGCAAACAAGCUGAUAAAUAUACAAAUUCAGUACACUCACACACAGAGUAAACUGCUGCACUAGCUACUUUCUAGAAUAAGGCUGUAGUCCUAAGACUGGGAGGAAGUGCCAUUGAAUAAAAAGGGUCCUAAUUCUGAAUAGAGUUGCUUAGGGUUAAGUUGCCGCAGCACGAUCCCAUGGUUUGCGCGGAGGGGUUAUAACAACUGAGGAUCUGUGCAGGGGUAUAUAUUUAUGAUGCCUUGUGUUUUCUAAGCUGCUUUGAUGCCUGCAAUGGAUAUACAUUUUUAUAACAACAAUAAAGGGCAAUCUCAUAUUA